AUUCACAACCAACCCGCACCAACUCGCAGCGGAUAGUGGUUAACCACUACCCACCGCGGGGCGGGUUCUGGGUAGCAUAAUUCUAUAUUUGUGAGUGUGGUUGCCGACAAAAUGUGGGGCGGGUAACCACACCCACCCCAAUUUCCAUCUAUUUGUCCUAUUCUCCACGGAUGAUAAGUCCAUUAUGCAACGAUUUGGGCCAAUUCAUUUUCGGAUGACAUUUUCUUAAUUUUUUUGGCGACGAAAUGCCAUUUUCUUUGGAUUUUGAUGGCUACAGAUCACGGAUUCGCCCUGAGCCUAUUCUUCAACGAUAAUUGAGUCCAUUAAGCAUCGAUUUGAGAGAAUUUAUUCCAGGUCAAUUUUUGGCAUAUUCCAAAGGGGUACCAUCACAGUUUUCAGGCGAUCUUUCCGAAAUGUCAUUUUCUUUCGAUUUUGGAAGCGGCAAAUCACGGAUUCAGGCCGAGCUAUUCUCCGCUGAUAAUGAAGUCUAUUGAUCCUAUUCUCCACGGAUGAUAAGUCAAUUAAGCAGCGAUUUAGGCCAAUUUAUUUUUGGAUGACAUUUUCAUAAUUUUUGGGCGACGAAAGGCCAUUUUCUUUGGAUUUUGAUGGCUACAGAUCAAGGAUUUGGCCUGAGCCUAUUCUUCAAUGAUGAUUAAGUCCAUUAAGCAUCGAUUUGGGAUGAUUUAUUCCGGGUCAAUUUUUGCCAUAUUCCAAAGGGGUACCAUCACAGAUUUCGGGCGAUUUUUCCGAAAUGUCAUUUUCUUUUGAUUCUAGAGGCUACAUAUCCCGGAUUCAAGCCGGCAGUAUUCUGCGCCAGUAAUGAAGUUUAUUGAUCCUAUUCUCCACGGACGAUAAGCCCAUUAAGCAGCCAUUAGGGCAAUUUCAUUUUCGGAUGACAUUUGCAUAAUUUUUGGAGCGACAAAAGGCCAUUUUCUUUGGAUUUUGUUGACUACAUAUCACUUAUUCGACGUGAGACUAUUCUUCAAGGAUGAUCAAGUCCAUUAAGCAUUGAUUUGGGCGGGUUUAUUCCGGGUCAAUUUUUGACAGAUUCCAAAGGGAUACCAUCACAGAUUUCAGGCGAUUUUUCCGAAAUGCCAUUUUCUUUCGAUUCUGGAGGCUACAGAUCACAGAUUCAGGCCUAGGCUAUUCUCCACCGAUAAUGAAGUCUAUUGAUCCUAUUCUCCACGAAUGAUAAGUCCAUUAAGCACUGAUUUGAGCCAAUUUAUUUUAGGAAGGCAUUUUCGUAAUUUUUGGGUGACGAAAGGCCAUUUUCAUUGGAUUUUGAAGGUUGCAAAUCACGAAUUCGUCCUAAGGCUAUUCUUCAACGAUGAUUAAGUCCAUUAAACACCAAUUUGGGAGGAUUUAUUCCGGGUCAAUUUUUCGUACAUUCCAAAGGGGUACCAUCCCAUAUUUCGGGCUAUUUUUUGAAAUGUCAUUUUCUUUCGAUUAUGGAGGCUACAAAUCAUGGAUUCAGGCCGAUCUAUUAUUCGUCGAUAAUAAAGUCUAUUCGUCCUAAUCUCCACGGAUGAUAAGUCCAUUAAGCAGCGAUUUGGGCCAAUUCAUUUUUGGAUGACAUUUUCAUAAUAUUUUGGGCGACGAACGACCAUUUUCUUUGGAUUUUGAUGGCUACAGAUCACGGAUUCGGCCUGAGCCAAUUCUUCAACGAUGAUUAAGUCCAUUAAGCACCAAUUUGGGCGGAUUUAUUCUGGGUCAAUUUUUGGCAUAUUCCAAAGGGGUACCAUCACAGAUUUCGGGCGUUUUUUCUGAAAUGCCAUUUUCUUUCGAUUAUGGAGGCUACAUAUCACGGAUUCAGGCCGAGCUAUUUUCCACCGAUAAUGAAGUCUAUUCAUUCUAUUCUCCACGGACGAUAAGUCCAUUAAGCAGAGAUUUGGGCAAAUUCAUUUUCGGAUGGCAUUUUUGUAAUUUUUUGGGUGACGAAAGGCCAUUUUCUUUGGAUUUUUAUGGCUACAGAAUACAGAUUCGUCCUGAGCCGAUUCUUCAACGAUGAUUAAGUCCAUUAAGCACUGAUUUGGGAGAAUUUAAUCAGUGUCAAUUUUUGGCAUAUUCCAAAGGGGUACCAUCAUAUAUUUCCGACGAUUUUUCCGAAAUGCCAUUUUCUUUCGAUUUUGGAGGCUACAUGUCCCGGAUUCAUGCCGACACUAUUCUCCGCCGGUAAUGUAGUCUAUUGAUCCUAUUCUCCACGGACGAUAAGCCUAUUAAGCAGCCAUUAUGGCCAUUUCAUUUUUGGAUGACAUUUGCGUAAUUUUUGGGGCGACGAAAUACCAUUUUUUUGGAUUUUGAUCGCUACAGAUAACAGAUUCGGCGUGAGCCUAUUCUUCAACGAUGAUUAAGUCAAUUAAGAAUCGAUUUGGGCAGAUGUAUUCCGGGUCAAUUUUUGACAGAUUCCAAAGGGGUACCAUCACAGAUUUUGUGUGAUUUUUCCGAAAUGCCAUUUGUUUCGAUUUUGGAGGCUAUAGAUCACGGAUUGAUGCCGAGGCUAUUCUCCACCGAUAAUGAAGUCUAUUGAUCCUAUUCUCCACUAAUGAUAAGUCCAUUAAGCACUGAUUUGAGCCAAUUUAUUUUAGUAAGACAUUUUUGUAAAUAUUUGGGCGACGAAAUGCCAUUUUCUUUGGAUUUUCAAGGCUAUAGAUCACGGAUUCGGGUUGAGGCUAUUCUUCAACGAUGACUAAGUCCAUUAAGCAUCAAUUUGGGAGGAUUUAUUCCGGGUCAAUUUUUGGCAUAUUCCAAACGGGCUACCGUCACUGAUUUCGGGCUAUUUUUUUGUAAUGUCAUUUUCUUUCGAUUCCGGAGGCUACAAAUCACGGAUUCAGAUUGAGUUAUUCUCCGCCGAUAAUGAAGUCUAUUCGUCUUAUUCUCCACGGAUCAUAAGUCCAUUAAGCAGUGAUUUGAGCCAAUUCAUUUUUGGAUGACAUUUUCAUAAUUUUUGGGCGACGAAUGACCAUUUUCUUUGGAUUUUGAUGACUACAGAUCACGGAUUCGGAUUGAGCCUAUUCUUCAACGAUGAUUAAGUCCAUUAAGCACCGAUUUGGGCGAAUUUAUUAUGGGUCAAUUUUUGGCAUAUUCCAAAGGGGUACUAUCAUAGAUUUCGUGCGCUUUUUGUGAAAUAUGAAUUUCUUUCGAUUUUGGAAGCUACAAAUCACAGAUUCAGGCCGAGCUAUUCUCCGCCAAUAAUGAAGUCUAUUGAUCCUAUUCUCCACGAAUGAUAAGUCCAUAAAGCAGCGAUUUGGGCCAAUUAAUUUUCGGAUGACAUUUUCAUAAUUUUUUGUGCAACGAAUGACCAUUUUCUUUGGAUUUUGAUGGCUACAGAUCACGGAUUAGGCCUGAGCUUAUUCUUCAGCGAUGAUUAAGUCCAUUAAGCAUCGAUUUGGGCGGAUGUUUCCGGGUCAAUUUUUGGCAUAUUCCAAAGGGGUACCAUCACAGAUUUUGGGCGAUUUUUCCGAAAUACCAUUUUCUUUCGAUUCUGGAGGCUACAUACCCCGAAUUCAAGCCGACACUAUUAUCCGCUGGUAAUGAAGUCUAUUGAUCCUAUUCUCAACAGACGAUAAGCCCAUUAAGCAGCCAUUAAGGCCAUUUAAUUUUUGGAUGACAUUUGCGUAAUUUUUUGGGCGAUCGAAAGGCCAUUUUCUUUGGAAUUUGAUGGCUACAGAUCACAGAUUCAGUGUGAGCCUAUUCUUCAACAAUGAUUAAGUCAAUUAAGCAUCGAUUUAGACGGAUUUAUUCCGGGUCAAUUUUUGACAGAUUCCAAAGGGUUAUCUUCACAGAUUUCGGGCGAUUUUUCUGAAAUGACAUUUUCUUUCGAUUUUGGAAGCUACAGAUCACGGAUUCAGGCCGAGGCUAUUCUCCAACAAUAAUGAAGUCUAUUGAUCCUAUUCUCCAGGAAUGAUAAAUCCAUUAAGCACUGAUUUGAACCAAUUUAUUUUAGGAAGACAUUUUCUUAAAUUUUUGGUCGACGAAAGGCCAUUUUCUUUCAAUUUUGAAGGCUACAAAUCAUGGAUUCGGCCUGAUUCUAUUCUUUAACGAUGAUUAAGUCCAUUAAGAACCGAUUCGGGCAAAUAUAUUCUGGGUCAAUUUUUGGCAUGUUCCAAAGGGGUACCAUCACAGAUUUUGGGCGAAUUUUCCGAAAUUUCAUUUUCUUUCGACUCUAGAAGCGACAAAUCACGGAUUCAGGCCGAGCUAUUUUUCGCCGAUAAUGAAGUCUAUUGAUCCUAUUCUCCGCGAAUAAUAAGUUCAUUAAGUAGCGAUUUCGGCCAAUUUAUUUUCAGAUGACGUUUUCGUAAUUUUUGGCCGACGAAAGGCUAUUUUCUGGGGGCUACAACUCAGCGAUUUGUGCCAAUUCAAUUUUUGGCAUAUUUCAAAGGGGUACCAUCACAAAUUUCGGGCUAUUUUUUUGAAAUGUCAUUUUCUUUCGAUUAUGGAGGCUACAAAUCACGGAUUCUGGCCGAGCAAUUCUCCGCCGAUAAUUAAGUCUAUUUGUCCUAUUCUCCACGGAUGAUAAGUCCAUUAAGAUGCGAUUUGGGCCAAUUCAUUUUGGAAUGACAUUUUCGUAAAUUUUUGGGCGACGAAUGACCAUUUUCUUUGGAUUUUGAUGACUACAGAUCACGGAUUCGGCCUUAGCCUAUUCUUCAGCGAUGAUUAAGUCCAUUAAGCACCGAUUUGGGCGAAUUCAUUCCGGAUCAAUUUUUGGCAUAUUCCAAAGGCGUACAAUCACAGAUUUCGUGCGAUUUUUCCGAAAUGUUAUUUUCUUUCGAUUCUGGAAGCUACAAAUCACAGAUUCAGGCCUAGCUAUUCUCCGCUGAUAAUGAAGUCUAUUGAUCCUAUUCUCCACGGAUGAUAAGUCCAUUAAGCACCGAUUUGUGCCAAUUCAUUUUCUAAUGGCAUUUUGAUAAUUUUUUGGGCGACGAACGACCAUUUUCUUUGGAUUUUGAUGGUUACAGUUCACGGAUUUGGCCUGAGCCUAUUCUUCAACGAUGAAUAAGUCCGUUUAGCAUCGAUUUGGGCGGAUGUAUUCCGGGUCAAUUUUUGGCAUAUUCCAAAGGGGUACCAUCAUAGAUUUCGGGUGGUUUUCAGAAAUGCCAAUUUUUCGAUUCUGAAGGCUACAUAUCCCGGAUUCAAGCCGACAUUAUUCUCCGCCGAUAAUGAAGUAUAUUGAUCCUA